GUCUAUUGGGCUAAUAGGACCGGUCACGUGGUCUAACCUCGACAUUUAGGCUACAUGUGCAUCUGUUUCUAGCAGACCUACAUUAAGCGACGAGAGGGAGAAGACCUUUUCUGCGUGACCCAUCUAUAGGAAUAAGCUUCACAACACGUUAAUAGGCCUACCCUUUCAAUCUUGUUUGUGUGAAAGUGAUUCGAUUGCACCAUGCUGCUACUGGAUUCCGACUCGCAGGUAUGAAUGAUGGAAGAAGAUAAAAAAAAAUGAGGAUGGACUGCGCUGACAACUUAUUCGAAGCCGGGUACGCAGUGAAUUCCUGUGGAGACAACUGGGGACAGACUCCCGCGCACCUAGCUGCUUGCGGCGGGCAGGCCUUUUGCCUGCUCUGGCUUCUUCAGACAGGAGCAGACGCUAACCAACAGGAUAUUUCUGGAGAGACGCCUGUACACAAAGCCGCCCGGGCGGGGAGCCUAGAAUGUCUCAGCGCUCUUGUGGCCAGCGCAUCACAACUUGAGAUUUGUAAUAACGAUGGCAAAACUGCGGAGGACUUGGCGUGGCAUUACGGUUUCACAGAGUGCGGUCGCUUCUUGAGCACGCUGCGUCUAACGCGACAGCACAAAGGCUGCAUAGAUGUGCCCGAGGAGAGAACGUGUAGAACACGGCCCGAUACUCUCAGCUGCACGGCCGCCGGACAGAAAAGGGGUCGUGUCAGUCCAGACGCCCAAGAUGGGAAGAAGUCUCGUGACUGGUGAUACGUAUUGCAACUGAAAAAUAGGAAAAUGAGGAAGCGUCAACCAUCACCAGGUCCGCCCACAGAAGAGAAAAGACUACUAACGCACUUUCUACCACCCCAGUCCAAACCCACAGUGUUCAGGACAGCACUACAAAAUAAGCAGACUCGUUUCCAGAGGAGAGUACGGAUACUGGUUCUGUGUUCUGUGAGAUGGGUCUGUGUGGAAAUCGAUGAAGAAGGUGAAUGGGUGAGGCAAAGUGAGGAAUAAUGUCGAAGUGGAAGUUUAAUGGCACUGGAACAACUCCUUUGAGAACAAGGAUGACCCUUUUUUUAUUGUAUUUCUGCAUACUGGCAUUUUGGAGUAUGCUGACAGUAGGCGAUUAGGUUACACCUGUGACAAAUCUUCAGACCUGAUCUGAAUCAAGCUGCCUGGAAAUAUCUGUACAGUAUUGUAAAAUAAAAUAGGACACAUUUUUUUUUAAAUG